AGUAACGAGACAAUAUAACAAUGCCGUGCCCUAUUGUUUACUGUCAUGCACACCCGAACCAGUAACUUAUACUGUUCCUGUUAUAGUUAGCGAUGGCUUAAGGUGGGUUCCACAACGGGAAUUCUCAGAUAACAUCUCAGAACGUAUAGACGGCGAAAAUACAAGCGCCGUUCAAUUUUUGAAGGCUGUUCAUGUUUUUGUGGCUAAAUUGUUUAGUCCGAAAGGUACACUUUGUUUUCAGGCCUUACAUGUCUUGUUUAACAUUACAUCACAUUCGUUUUACUCGACACUCACGGUGUAUCACAAUGCUAUACCACAUAACUCCACACAUUACCUAACGGCAAGAAACGUAAUGCAUACCAUACCCUAUGCUGUAACAAGGUAUUUUUAUGGUAAAUUGUGACGUGAUAUAUUGGGACGUGACAGCAAAUACAGGCAACAGUGAGUUAAAUGCCGGCAAUUUAAUAUCACACAGUGGUUUAUUUCAGAGUAUUGACAAAACCUGUCACGGGUUACAGUACGAAUAGGUGAAGGGCACAGGCCAAUAUUCCAUCUCAAUAUACGUACAAGGUCUGUAAUGAUCGUAAGUGCUUCUCGAUAUCGUAAAUGCAAAAAACAAAAUGGCAUAGGCCUAAGCCAGCCUAAGUAAUUAUUGUUCCACGCUUCAGUUGUCAGGAAAUGUGGCUUAUACCAAGUUUUGUACUGAAGAGUGCCUCAUUUGGGGAUGGAAAUUGAGUAAUUAACUGAGGAGCGUAAUGUAAUUGAUGAAGGAACAAUACAAAGACAAGCCAUACCGACUGUAACUGGAGUCUUGGUUCGUUGACGAUGAUGCCAUUAACAUGCACUUUUGACAAUUUCAUCAGCAUCGCUUAAAGACAGGCUAGUAUAGAUCCAUCCUCAAGUUGGUAUAAAAGUGACGGAAAAUUUGCUGGACAUUUCAGUUCCAUGCAGUCCGGCUGUUAGAUAGGAACGAGACCCGCAGUAAGUAAAUAGCCUACUCUUGGUAUUUGCUAGUACAAGUACCACCUAUAUCGUGCCGUGUGCAGGUGCUAUAAUAGGAUUGAAAACAUCUUGCACUAUACACUAGCAUGGCAGACGAUCCAUCGCACAAGACUGGUAGCGUUGGGGAGGAACCGAGUUUGGAGUACCAAUUCGCAACUACUACAACCCUCCACGGUAUCGGACGGGUGGCAGACAGCAGCGGGGCUCGAGCCAAGAUACCAUGGGUCCUCGCGCUGCUGAUAGCCGGCGGCUUCUGCGCGUUCGUCACGAUCGAUCGUACCCAGGCGUACCUCAAAUUCGAAGCCAACACCAAUGUCAUCGUCGAAUUCCACAAGACCCUCGAGUUUCCGGCCGUGACGAUCUGCAACUACAACCGCUUCAUGAACUCCAAGAUCUCCGAAGACGAAAAGAAAUACGUCAGUCAUCUCCUGGAGCUGAACGAAGACCUUUACGGCGAAGACGACGAUUUCAAUGCCACGGCGUACGAUAUAUUGUUCGACGACGAAUUCAACUACACGCACUUCGCUCUUGCGACUGGAUUCGCAUUGGAUGAUUCUUUGAUUCAGUGUGACUGGAAGGGAGUUCCAUACAGUUGCAAAGUAGGCAAUUUCUCAUCUUUCUACUCUCCAUCUCAUGGACAAUGCUACACAUUCACCACCCACAGUACACACCAGAAACUUGCACAAAGCCAGCAAGGUACUGGCAACGGUCUCCAGUUGAUCGUCAACAUCCAACAGAAUGAGUACACAGAGACCGUAAGCAGUGGACACGUGGAAGCGGGACUAAGAUUCGCCAUCCAUCCGCCGGACGAGUUGCCCCUCAUUGAUACAAUGGGUUUAUCGGCAUCCCCUGGUUUCCACACCUAUGCGUCGAUGCGUCUGGUUCGCCACAUAAAUCUGCCCAAACCAUGGGGUGUCUGCGGCACGGAGGCGACAGAGGAGUCUAGAAAAUACAGUCGUAACACUUGUCUGAGAAACUGCCGACGUGAUGCCAUCAUUAAACGGUGUAGCUGUCAGCCUCUCGGGUAUGAAAGAGCAGUCAAAUCGGACUCCAGUCUGGUACCGCUGUGUGACAUCGAACAGUUCAACUGCGUGAUGAAAGCUCUUGAGGUCCACCGUUCCUUAGUGUCCCUGUCCGAAUGCACGUGCCCGAUUGCCUGCGAUUACGUGACCUACGAAACCACUCUAUCCACGGCCAAAUAUCCUAGCCAAAGUGUCUCCACUGAGAUUGAUCGCGCUUUUCAAGGCGAUGCAGAUAUCAGCGACGGAUACGUGAAGGAGAAUUUUGUGUACUUGGAUGUGUACUACAGCGAGCUCAGCACCAUUACGUACGAGCAAGUACAGGCUAUGCCGUUCACGGCCCUACUGGGAGAUCUUGGCGGUCAACUUGGACUGUUUCUUGGGGCCAGUGUUAUCACCGGAGUGGAGCUACUGGACUACAUCUUGAGACGCCUGAACUUACUGAUCCUGAGGGUCAAGACAAAGAAAAAGGUACAGUCGGGCAACUCCUGAACAACCACAUUUCGUAUAAGUAGGGACAUGGAGAUAGCAUCGAUGUCGUUUGGUGGAAAAUCAAGAAAUUUUGAUAGUUUAGUUUAGAAGGAAACAAAGAUUAAGUUGAAAUGAUCGAUCAACAAAAGUAUAAUCAUGAGCACUGAAUGGUUCUAUGCAUUUUGGGUGACUACGGAAUUCUUUAUCAAAGUUAUAGCCACGUUUCUCGCUAUCUUUCAAUUGCCCCGAAUAUUUGCAUUAUUGGCGUGACGUUACUUUGUCAUGACAUUCAGCUGAAGGGCGGUGUCAGGCAGGUUAAACAAAGCUAACGAAUCAAACAAACGAUAAGAGUUUCUGGAAAAAAAACACGGCCUUCACGACACAAUAGAACUACUGAUUGAGGAA